UGUAGAUCGUCAUCAUUGGACUUACUGUAUCAACAACACCUCCGCUCAAUAUUCAGUUCUGUUCCUUGCUUCGCGAUUGAUUGUCUCUGAGAACACGGGCCGGCAUGUCGUAGAGCGCAUUGAUGUGCAAGAUAUCUGCCGCAUCUCCCACUUGAGCCAUCCGGUCCUCCUCUUCGACAAUGCUCGACUUCAUGGAUUACAUCCAACUCGCGUUCGCCGAGGCGACCAGCUGGAACCGCGACAACUCAUACUCGUCGCUGACGGCUACUGCGCAGUCCCUCCUAGACUUCUCUACCCCGGAACGUCUCCGCGUCCAUCUCUCCUCCCUCUCGACGCCGCAUUUCGCAACGAGCUACACCCUCGGCACCGUCGGCCUAAUCGACGGCUCAGUCUCCUACCUCUUCAGCACCGUACCCCUCGACCACGCCGCCAGCCGCAGCACUCUGAUCCCCCUCCGCAAGCUCUCCCCAGGCUACCGACAAGUGCAAGCGCCCGCCGCGCCGCUCGAGAAUUUCCGGGUGGACUCCAUCCUCGACGCCCUCCCGGACCCCCAAAGCAGCAGCCAACAUGACCGCUGGCGCCGCCACCCCCAGAAAGCCACCUUGUUCCAUGCGACCCUCCACCUCCCGCCGCCGACCACACUGAACGCCCUCUUCCUGCGUCGCAUCUCCCCGACCAUGCAGCUCUCGCUGGCCGUGUGCUCCACGCGGGGCCCGCCGCUCUCCAAAUCCGCUCCGCAGGCGUCGCUCCUCACGCAGCUCUCCCACAACACCGGCAAAUACAGCAACGAGUACCUCUUCAGCACGGACAAUGCGCUGUUCGGCUGGCGCGGCCUGUGGAACUUCGGUCCGGAUCCCCGCAGCACGUCAACAACCACCGCGCCGUUAUCUCUUCUCUCUGCGGGCGCGGAAGCGUAUUACUCGCCUGUUUCGUCGCUGUUGGGCAUGUCGACUGGUCUGCGCUUCAGUACCCUCCCGGCAGCGACGGAUGUGCCGUCGUCGGCUGUUAGUGGUAGUGGUAGUGGCAGCAGCAGCAGCAGCAGCAGCAAUUGCAACAACCCCAUCUCCACCUUCCCAUACACCCUCACUCUGACCCUCACCCCGCUGACGGGCUCCCUUUCCACAACUUACUCCCUGCGUGCCUCGCCCAGUCUGGCUUUCAGCUCGCGCUUCGGGUUUAAUGUGUAUAGCUGGGAGAGCGAGAUGGUUGCGGGGAUGGAACUGUGGCGCAAGGGUCGGCGAGCCGUUGCUCCUGCGGUCGAUGACGACGGACUGGAAUGGGCGAGGCGCAAGAUGCGUGGGGAGAGAGGGCCCUUUGUACCUCCUCCUCCUGCCCCUUCUUCUUCCGUCCUCCAGGAGCACCCUGCAAAUAGAGCCGACGGAGAGGAAAAUGAAUCCGUGCUGAAAAUCCGUGUGGAUCAGUCGUGGAAUGUCCGGUUGUUGUGGGAGGGGCGGGUGAAGGAGUUGUUGGUCAGUGCGGGUGUUGGGCUGGGGCCUAGCUCGUUUGCCUCCUCGCUGUCAUCGCUGUCGUCAAUGAGUGCGGCGGGCGCGCAGAGUUCGGGCGGUGGUGCCGCGGGGGUCGGCAAGUCGUAUUGGCAUGGGGUUGGAGUUUCGGUGUUGUAUUCUUCUUGA